AUGGCUACUGACUGGCAACUUGUCCCUCAGAACCAGCCAUCACUGGAUUCUGUGGGAGCUCAUUCUGACCGAGCUCUGCAGAAUACCUCUGGGAAUGUUCAGUCUUAUUCAGACCAUUUAGCUCAUGGUGAUGUCGCUUCGCGUGAGGAACAACUCCAGCAGCUUGGCUUCAAGUAUGCCUCUGCCCCUCACUCUCAGCCCAUGUCGGGAGCCAGCUUGCAUCAGCAACAUCAUCUAGCUGCCCGCCUUCAUGCUCGCAAGAUGCGGCGUCUUCACUCCGUUGGGCCUAAUUCUCAGUCCCGCCGGGCAAGAAGUAGCUAUCUCAAGUCCCAAAAGUACUUGGAGUACCGGGCUCGGCCUCGUCGGGAUACCGGGAAGGAUGGUGAGCCAGUGUGGUCCGAUGAGUUGGAAGAUGCUUUCCAGCAAGCUCUUGAAGCAAAUCCUCCAAUGGGCCGCAGAAAGUGGUCUGAACGGGGAAAGUCAUAUGGCCGGAACGAGCUUAUUGCUGAAUACAUCUUUAAGUUGACUGGCAAGCGGAGAACUCGCAAGCAAGUCUCCAGUCAUCUCCAGGUUCUGGACUCUUUUCUCAAGGGAGAUCCUGAUUGGGAGCGACUUGUCCGAGAGGCAUCACCGGAACGAUCAUCCAGCGUGCAUGGCUCAGCGCCAGGGCCUAAAUGGAGAACAUCGAUGGAGCACCCUUCGGCUUCCAACCACUACAGCAGCCACGCGCACAAUGUCUACCAUGAAAACAUGCGCUCCAUGCAGCCUUAUAGCGGCGAUCUCCCUCCGCCACACUAUACCCUCGGCUCCAACAUGCAGGAAGCCGCUACCAGCACCAUCCAUGGCUUCAGCUUCGACAUGUGGGUCAGCGCGCCUCAACAAGCCAACCGCAGUGACAAGGCAUUGCACGCAUACACACGCCUUCAAGGCGAUCAGCAUCACCCUGUUGCCCCGCCUAUCCCCCUCGAGCAUGUGAACAACUGGCGGUACUCCUUCCCUGAACUCGCUUCCAUGGUGGAUGAUAUCAACAACCCUCUCGAUUGCGAUGUCAUCUUAUUAGAAGUCAAUCUUGACCUAAUGACAGACUUCCCUCCUGCGGGAUCCCGUUUGGGCAUCCAACUUGACCUUGACUAUGGUCACCCCACUGCUGGUGAUGUUUUGGGAGUCAGUCAGAUGGACAACUGGACCUGCAGCACGCAAAUCUACAGCGAUAAUCAGAAGCUGGUUGAAAGCAAUCAUGAACUCCCCAAGCCUCAAUCCACAAAGGUCAAGCCUCUCUUUGAAUCAUCUUGGUGGGCCAAAAUGUUCACCAAGCUGACCCAAGAGAAACGCAUGGCUGAGGAUUCAGGACAUCCUCAAGCCGCUCAAGACGCCGAUGAUCAUACCCGACGGUUCUUCCGCUCCCUUUCUGCAGUACAGGAGCUUCGGGCCACGUCGUCGCACUCUCGGCGUCUGUCAAACCAAUACCAAGGCUACGGUGAUGACAGCAAGCGCAUGGCCGUUCUGGCCUGGAAGUUCCGUCAAACUCGACCCGGCGAGGUUGGCACAACCACUUGGAGGCGACUACUCCUGGCGCCAGAUCGCACUACGACCAACAGCCCUCGGCCAGCUACUGGUGUUGGCCUUCCUCCACUUUCUCUGGACUCCAUCCUCCUCAAUAAGCCAUCUCACCAAAGCGUCUACCAGGCCCCUCAAUCGCAGGACCUCCUUCAUCACCAGGCCGAACCCCAGUCGCAAUGGCCCAUGUACCCCUCAUCCCACGACAACGUGGCUAAUUUAUUUAAUUCUGGCAAUCAUCUCGACUUCAUGACUUCCAUCACCAAGGCCGAAGAAGGCCUCAACGACAAAACCGCCGUCACCUCAGUCCUAGACUCCUUCUCUACCAGCCUCGCACCCGAGACCGCCCCAUCAACGAGCCUGCAUGGCUCCACCGGCGCACCAGUCAUGCUCAAUGUGCACGAUCUCCCCCUGGCACACCCAGGCAUGGGCUACAGUAUGGGCCACGAUACCUCGCACUAUGUUCCUCCGCAGCAGCACGCGGUGAACAUGCAUGACAGCAACAGCGUGCUGAAUGGCUUCUUCGGCUCGAAUGCCCAGUCUCUUGAAGAUCUCGGCCACGGCCAGGCCUCAUGGGGUGCACACGCUACAUCUAUCCCCGGCGACGUUGGCAGCAGCUACCAUCACCUCCCUUACCAGGAGCACCAUGGACCUGUGCCGCGCGAGUCACAGCAGCCCCAUCACUUCGAUGGCCUCUCCGAGGAUCUGAUGGAUAAGAUUGUUGGACGUAUGUCCAAUGGUCCUAGUAUGCACGGGGCGGGCCCCGAUGCCAAUGCAGGCUAUGGAGACAAUACCUCUGUGGAUGCGGUUUAA